UCCUGGGAGCUGGCACUGGCGGGGGUUUGUCGCUCCUCUCCCCCGCCUGUUACCCCAUCCGCUCCUCUCCCACGUCGUGGCGUGGGCGGCCGCCCUGGCAGUGCCCGCGGGGGCGACCGCCGUGUUUGCGUUUGUGCCGGGCAGUCUCAUGGAGACCGGCUCGCAGCGCCCCCGCACUCCCGCGCUGCCCGGGCAGCGGCCGGCCGAGCCCCGCCGCGCCGGGAGCUCCGCCGCCUGACUCUCGCCCCGCCGUGCCCGGCUGCGGUCUGGCCGGACAGCCCGGGUGUCAGGGCCCGCGGCGCGGCGUGGCUUCCCUGCCGGCCGGUGGCGAGGGGGCCCGGCCAUGGAGACCCUCGUGCGCCCCGGGGCCAGCAAACCCCCCACCGGGAAAAGAAUGAAAGCUCGGGCUCCCCCUCCACCAAAUCAACCUUCUGCAGCAAGUAGAAUUCACAGUGAGCCCAAGACACCUGCAGAGACAGCUGUAAUUUCUGAUCAGAACCUUGUGAGCAUGAAGGAGAACAUGAUAAACAGACUGGUGGACUUCACAGUCGUUUUACCCAGUGGGGUGGAGCAGAAGUGCACAAUGCAAGGAAGUAAAGCUGUGAUGGAUGUAUUGGUUGAUUUAUGCAGCCAGUAUCACUUAAAUCCAUCUCAACAUAGUCUUGAACUAAAGUCUUCAGGAACUCAACAAGUUCUGAGUUACAAGCCAAACACUUUGAUAGGAGCACUGGAUGUACAGACAGUACUUCUGAAAGAGAAGAUUCCCGAAGAGAAGGCAAAGCGACCUCUGCCAAGAGUCCCUGAGAAAUCUGUGAGGCUGGUAGUGAACUACCUGAAGACACAGAAGGCUGUGGUUCGAGUUAGUCCAGAGGUGCCUCUCCACAACAUCAUCCCAGCUAUUUGUGAGAAGUGUGAAGUCAGUCAAGAGCACAUUGUUCUUCUGCGGGAUGGCAUAACUGGGGAAGAGCUGGAGCUUACCAAGUCCUUGGAGGAGCUAGGGAUAAAGGAGCUGUAUGCCUGGGACAGAAAAAAAGUUCCUCCAUCAAAAACUCAGUCUGAGCCUUCUCUGAACUAUAGAGAACCAAAUCGAAAGGCUUCAGUAAGCAGUGAUGCAAUAGAGAAAGAAAAGACAAGGCUUUUGGGAUUGUUUAAUGCUGAUAGAGAAAGCAGCAAGACAGAAGAGUACUUGAGGAUGAACAGAGAUUGUGGUGAGGAGGAUGUUUUUAGUUCUACAUCUACAAGUGAAGGAAGCUUGGAUGGUUUUUCCACAGCACCAAAUUCCCCUUCGGUGAAUUCUCGUUCCAGUAGCCUGGGUUCAUCACUAUCCCUUGGUAACAUCUCUGGAAUGACAGCAAACCCAGAAGUGAAAAAGCGCAGAGCACCUCCUCCACCAGUUGCAGCACCAGUAUUGCUGAAUACGGAGGUGAGGGGACAAGAGAGGACAGCAGCACAGAUAUCACAAGGAGCAUCCCUGAAUGAUUUAAGGAAAAAAAAGAGGCGUGCCCCUCUUCCACCAGCUGCAUCUGCUCCACCCACUCCUGCCAUGCCAAACAGGACAGAGGACAGGGAAGACAAGAGGAAGAGCACAAUGGAGAGCCUGCUGUCUACACAUGAUAAUGUUUGUGUAGUGGAUGACACGGUUCUGGAGCUAUCGGAGGUGGAAGAAACGGCGUCAGAAAGCAGCUGCUUUGCAUCAGAGGACACCACGGAGGACUCGGGUGUUGUGAGCUCCCCGUCUGACAUUGUGUCUCUGGAUUCACAAAAUGACAGUAUGAAGCGGAGGGAGAUCAAGCUGGUCAAUGGCUACAUGGACCCAGCUGAGGCAGAUGCAGUGUGUGGCACAGAGACGGGCGCCGUGCAGAACGCUUCCUGCGACAGCGUGGGACCUGACAGCGCUCCACUGAGCAGGCAAGAUGAAGCAACAGCUUUGGCUAAGCAUGAGAAUGAAGAUACAUUCAUUGCAGCACAGCUCCAUCAGACUUUGGCUGACCUGGAUGAAGAUUUAGAAGCAGUGGAUGGUGUCAGUAACUCUGACUCUGACUACACCAGUGAAGCCUUGAGCCCACAUAUAAGAAAAGUUGAGGCUGCCCAAGAUUUUUCCAUUUCUGUUCCAGUAACAAUCAUAGAUGAUGCUCCAGAAGUUAGCACCUCUAACUCAUAUGAAAAUCAAGAGAUUAAGGUUUCACAGAAUACCCCAGCGGACUGUGUUAAUGCAAGAAACUUCACAAAUAAAAACAACAAUGCAGGUUCCUUUGAUAAGGGACACACAGAUGGUGGAGCUGUAUACAAGGACCUAAUAUAUCAGCAACCAUCUGAAAAUGAAUUCAUUCACUUGCCUGUGGAGCAGAGAAGAGAUAUGUUUGAAUCUCUCACAUCCUCCUUUGAAAAAAGAAAUGAAAAGAACUUAAGACUGGAACCCUCUCCUAAACAUGGUGUGAAGUCUGAGGAAUGUAAAUCCAAGCUGAGUCCAUCUCACUCCAAAGCCACGUCUGAAAUCAGUACAGCAAAAGAGAAGCUGAGUCCAGUUAAUGAAUGUGGUAGCAGGGAGAGGUCUCUGAAAAAAAGUAAAUCAGAGUUAGAAAUCAAAUGGCCACCAGCAAAAAAAACUGAAGUAGAAGUCCCAUCAACACCCACAUGGUGUCAUCGUGCCCAGAAUUCAGGAUCAAGCUACGAACCUAAAAUGGGUUUGACAACGUUUAAAGUUGUCCCUCCCAAACCCGAAGUAAGACAUUUUGAUAGAGGAGUUUCAGUCUCCACUGGUGCCAUUAAGAUAGAUGAACUGGGCAAUCUUAUAGGCCCAAACACCAGUGUUAGUAAGCAUGUACAAGGCUUUUCUUCUGAUGAAAGUGAGGAAAUUCAUAUUGGGAGAGUGAAGGCAUUCUGGAGGUCAAGUUCUAUGGAAAAGCAAAGUGAUGACUCUGCUGAGCAUUUUCCUAAAAAGUCAGCAGUCACCACAAACUCUAAGCCCUUUACUAUAAAACAUGAUCACAAACCUGUCUGUCUUUCAGCUCCAAAACCUGCAGGACCACAAACUGUUACAACCCAGGUAGCUGAAAGACAAUCUGAGAAUGAAAGGACCAAACCAGCUCUUUCAGUUACACAGUCCCAGGUAACACCAUUAGCAGCCCCAGCCGUUAGUAAGGACAAGCUGGAACUCCCGUUCGUAAAGCCACACAGGAGAACUUCAAGUCAGUAUGUUGCCUCUGCCAUUGCAAGACACAUCAAUGCAACUACCUUUAAAUCUGACACUAUGGAAUAUAAUGAGAAAGAUGAAAACAAGCAAGGGGCAGGAGAGGUUAAGAAUGAAGCAGAAGUUUCACCAAAAAGAUGUAUUAUUGUGGCCAAAUAUAGCCCUGUGGAAACAGAAUCAGCAGAAACAAGAGAAACCCUUUCAAGCAUUUUUGCUUCCAGUCAGAAAGCAUCCCACAGGUUUACACCUGGUGAUAAUUCUGGCAUGGAAAACAAAGUAGUUAAUAUCAGGACACCAAAUCAAGCAACUCCUGUGAGUUUCUAUAAAAAGAAUGCCAGUGUCCCACUUACUAAAUCCUCUUCAAAGGAUAACAACAGUGCAGAAGAUGAUCAUGGUAUAAACAGCAAACAAAGUGUAGUGGAGAAAAAGACUGUGUUUGACCAGAAGUGUGAGACUUUGACCCAUACUAAUUCAGCCUCAUCCCUCAAGUCUCCUGAUCUCCAAGGAGUCUCAUACUCUUUCAGCUCAUCUUUACGAGUCACUAAAUGGCAUCCCACUAAUAGCGUACAAGUUAGUUCACUUAAAGCUUCUCCUGAGCUAAAUGGUGCAGCAGCAAAUGCAGAGUCAGAACAGGAGGAGAAACCUGAUGAUUCAGAUGUUAAUACUGUUGGUGAACUGGAUGUUAAUGUGCAGACCAAUAUUUUUGGACCAAAGAAGAAGUUCAAACCUGUCAUCCAAAAGCCAGUUCCAAAAGACACAUCAUUGCACAGUGCCCUAAUGGAAGCCAUUCAAGCAGGAGGGGGAAAGGAGAAACUCAGAAAGGUUUCAAACGGAGCAUUAAAUGGCAAUCACGGGAAACCCUCAUACGCUGAGCCAGAGAAUGAGCGCUCAGCCCUACUAGCAGCAAUUAGAGGCCACAGUGGCACCUCAAAGCUAAAAAAGAUCUCCUCACUGGCCUCCCAAGAGCUGCAGCGUUUUAGGGACGCAGAACGGUCCUUGCAGAAGGCAGAAGACCUUCAGGAAGAGCAGCUGUGUAUCCCACCUGCCCCUGCCCAGCCGCCACCACCACCUCCCAUUCAGCUGUCAGCAGCAGCUCCUAAAUCCUCUGCCACAGCUUCAGGUAAUCCAAUGGAGGCAAGGCAAGCCCUAUUGGAGGCCAUUCGCUCUGGUGCCGGAGCAGCAAAGUUAAGAAAGGUCCCUCUGCUCGUUUGAAUCAUGUAAAAAGAAUAGGUAACUGGAAAAUCUAACCCCGUAUGCACCCAUAAUCAUCAUUCAAAGUCUGAAGUGGCAAAAAACAUCAAGAAGUUUAGUUUAGUCUCUUGACUACAAGCCAAAAUAAGUUGUAGUUAAUUUUCUGUGUGUUCCUGCAUAAUGGUUCUAAAGGGAAAAUAUGUUGCUCUGCUGUAAAGCUUCUGUGCCAAGGAAUUGUGUUUUGCCUCUGAAUAUUUAAGGUUGCCAAUAAACUAUUCUUGUUGGCAGGUUAAUAAGAAUAUAAACACUGUGCAGUUCUGCGUUAAUACUUAAUUGUGUUUAUGGGCAAAACUAAAAACUUUGCUAGCUAUCUGAAAAGUAAUACUCAUUUCCAGCUGUUAAAAAUAUAUAACUAUUCACUUGCUUCUUUUUUUGAUUUCAAGAAGGGUUGGAAGCGAUUAGGGUGAAAACCAGAGUAAAGAUCUAUAAAAAAAAAAAUCACAAGAAAAAAGUUAUGAUACCUAAAUUGUCAUGUGCUGGGGUCACUGGUUUUUAAAAUUAAAUUAACUUUGUAUCUCUGCUGGAGCUCUGGGAAAGCAGGCAAUCAAUAAUGAAAGUGAGACGGUGUCUAUUGAAAAGUUACUUAUGGGAUAUGACGUAUAGAAUGCUAAUGUGCAGAGAUAUGCUGAACCCUGGUAACAAACAUGGAACUUCAAAAAUAUUGAGCCACCUUAAAGGAUCUCUAUUUGCAAUAGACUGUGAAGGUUAUAAAUAUGAUUCAGAGUAUAGAGGUCCAAGAUGUAGAAUUCAUUCUGCACUGUAAAAUGAAGUGGAGCUGGUUUAUGUCAGUAACCAGGACUUUUGUGGUCUGUUGUUCAGGUCAUGCAUAAGUUGGCCCUUGGUUUCUAAUACGUAUGGCUGUUGUAUGUUGUCUCACAAGUAUUUAUAGCAGCAUCUUUUUCAAAUGUUAACUACUUUGGUAGUUGUUGUACAUAUUUUGAAAAUAUUUCGUUAAAUUGAUUAACUUAAAAAGGACAAAUGAAAAUGCUUUUUCACAUUUGCUAUAUUGUAAUGAAACUGAAGAAGAGGAAGUUUGUACAUUUACAUUAUUAUAAUCACAGACUACAGCAGUGGCAGAAUUUUUCUUUAAGCUGGAAUUUACAAUGUAUAGGUAUGGACUGUUGAAAGCCCAGAGCCUGAGAAUAUUUAGCCAUCUGCAUUUAAUGUGACUAUAUAUUAUAUAUUAUAAAAUAUUGAUGUCUGUUAGUGCCACAAAUAAAAACAAA